AUGGCAUCCGAGCAGGCCACGGUCCCCCCGGAUGUCUUCAUCAGCGAACUCUACAAGCCUUCCGUCGACUACAAAGACGACUGGGGCUCGGAUCAACCCCCAGGCGGCUCAAGUCUCGACCCUGAAGUCUCCGUGGCUCAUGAGCCAGAGGCCAUGGACAUCGAGUCCGAGCCCCCUGCACUAGACGACUCGCCGGACUGGUGCUAUCCCUUGUUGCAAUGCCUCGUCGACAGCACACUACCCUCAUACCAAGCUGAGGCAUGGCGUGUAGCCUGUCGCGCCAAGACUUUCCUACUCCUUGAUGGAGAGAUGUACAAGCGCAGCCCCUUGGGCAUUCUUAUGCGCUGCAUCACCCGUCAGCAAGGAAUCAAGCUCCUUGAGGACAUACACUUAGGGGCUUGUGGCCACCACGCCGCGCCUCGGACGCUGGUGGGAAAUGCUUUUCGGCAAGGCUUCUACUGGCCUACCGCCGUGGGCGAUGCCACGCAGAUCGUGCGGACCUGUGAGGGAUGCCAUUUCUAUGCUCGGCAGAUUCAUCUCCCCGCUCAGGCUCUAUAG